CUUUUCUUGAGCCUUUUCGUUGAUCCUUGGCUAAAAAUUAGAACAAACACUGGAUUGUAUAAAAAAGAAAUGUAGUGAGCACUAAAAUUUAUAAAUGUUUAUUACGUGUAAAAGAAAGGUUUAAAAACUACAAAAAGAUUCUUAUUUGACAUGCAUACAUUUCCUGUCUUCGUGUUGUUGGUACUAAUUUCCAUGUCCUCAGCAAGAAAAAUUAAGCUUGAACCGUUAUGAACCCCUAUGCGGUUCUCAACCUGGAAAAAGAUGAAUCGUAUACUGAUGAUCAAAUAAAAGAAGCUUACCGGAAGGCUUUAUUGCAAUUUCACCCGGAUAAACGAAAAGAUAUUCAACCUGGUCGUUAUAGUGUUGACCAAAUACGCGAGGCUUUUCAAAUUCUAGCAAGUGAAGAAGGACGUGAAAAUUUCUAUAAAAAUAGUGAAAUUGACCGCGCUCAAUACUACUCUGUCGUUGACUUAAGUGAAUUUGACGAGUUGGAGGAUGGCUCUUACUACUAUCCUUGCCGGUGUGGUGAAUUAGGAGGCUAUGUCGUAACAGAAGAGAACUUGGAAAACGAAGAAAGCGUCAUUCCUUGCUUGGGUUGCAGUUUGACCAUUCAGGUAGCUUACGAAGUGGUAGAAACGGAUGGUAGUCAGCAAUAAGUAUGGUGAAAUUAUUGCAAUAUCUAGAAAGGCAAUUGACGGGUGUUUACCUUCUCUUGUCUGACUAAAUCAAGGGCCUUGAAAGAAUCAAACAAAUAAAACAGCGUUGAACAAUUUACCACAUUAUAACACAUUCAAUGAAGAAUUAUGGGUUUAGUCUUUGGAAUUCUAUCUGAGCACCACUGCUUGAGAUAUACUUUUCUUGGUACUCGCUCGUUUUGUUUACUGAAGAGUAUAUUGGCAGAACAGUUCUUUGAGAAGUAGGCGAGUAUGUUCUUUUUCUUAGAUUAUGGUUUAAUUUUGGAAUUAUUAGAAAUACAGACAGCUCGUUUUCUAAGGAGAAGGGAAAAACUCGACUUGUCUCGAUCAUUCCUUUAAUGAGUAUUCGUAAACAUCUAACAAAAUUAUCACUCAUAAUGUAUGUAGAGAAAAAAGAUCAAUCUAAAUUCAACGGGAAAGAUAGAAAAUGAAAG